CCAGUAUCCUAACCUCAAAGUUUGUUUUUGUUUUGUGAAACGAUUGUGCUGGGAAAAAAAGGUUUUUUAGUGGUAAAUUGCAAGGAAUUUUGUGAUUUUUAGUGAACAGAGUGAAAAAGGACAAUGAGUGGUUCGAGUUCGAGGCGGAGGCGGCACGAGAGUUCGAGUUCUGAGAGCCCAGACAGCGCCGAAGAGGAGCGUCGGAAAGACAUCCGGGAACGAGAUGAAUUUGCCGAUAGAUUGAAGAAGAGGGAUGAGGACAAGACACGCCGAGUCCUGGAGACUUCCUCAAAGAAAGCCUACGAGGAGGCGGCAAAGCGUUUGAAGCUGGAAGUUGAGGAUAGGGAGAAAAUGCUUCCUCAACUGAGAAUAGCUUCAAGGAGGAAGUACCUGGAGAAGAGGAAGGAGGACAAAGUGGCGGAAUUAGAGGCAGAUAUCAUCGAUGAUGAGUAUCUCUUUGAGGAUACAGUGCUCACGGAGAGAGAGAAGGAGGACAGAGCGUACAAAAAGCAGAUUCUCCAGAUUGCCAAGGAGCACGAGAAGGCUCGGGAACUGGAGAGAAUCCAGCGGUACCACAUGCCUCAGGACAUCAAGAAGGGCGACAAGAGUGAGUACGUGGAGGUGGACGAGAGGGAAAAGAUGCCCAAUUCGGAGCAGAAAAAGUGGGAAGCUGAACAACUUGCUUCAGCUGUCUUCAAGUUUGGCUCCAAGGAUGCAGGAUCUUCGCGUCAGCAGGAGGAAUACGAUCUCCUGCUAGACGAUCAGAUAGAAUUCAUCCAAGCCCUCACGCUGGAGGGAUCCAAGGGCAAGGAGAAGAAAGUCGAACUGACUGAAGCUGAACGCAGGAAGAUGGACAUUGAGGAGACGAAAAAGUCCCUCCCGGUCUAUCCCUUCAGGGACGACCUCAUAGCAGCCAUAAAGCAGCAUCAGAUCCUGAUAAUCGAGGGUGAAACUGGCUCAGGGAAGACCACGCAGAUCCCUCAGUAUCUCCACGAGGCCGGAUACACCAGGGAUUCCCGGAAGAUCGGAUGCACGCAGCCCAGGAGAGUAGCUGCCAUGUCCGUGGCAGCGAGAGUAGCUCAGGAAAUGAGCGUUAAACUUGGAAAUGAGGUUGGCUACAGCAUUCGCUUCGAGGACUGCACGUCCGAACGUACUGUGAUCAAGUACAUGACAGACGGAACUCUGCACAGGGAAUUCCUGUCAGAGCCCGAUCUGGCUUCGUACAGUGUCAUGAUAAUUGACGAGGCUCACGAAAGGACUCUCCACACGGAUAUUCUUUUUGGCCUGGUCAAGGACAUUGCUAGAUUCCGUCCAGAACUUAAAUUGCUGAUUUCCAGCGCAACUCUCGAUGCUGAAAAGUUCUCAGCCUUCUUCGAUGAUGCUCCCAUCUUUAGGAUUCCGGGCAGAAGGUUCCCCGUGGACAUUUACUACACCAAAGCUCCGGAAGCGGAUUACAUCGAUGCCUGCGUGGUGUCUGUGCUUCAGAUCCAUGCCACGCAGCCGCUUGGGGAUAUUCUGGUGUUCCUGACUGGUCAGGAGGAGAUUGAGACGUGCAAUGAGAUGCUGACGGACAGAGUGAAGAGGCUGGGGUCGAAAUUGAAAGAACUCCUCAUUCUGCCCGUUUAUGCGAAUCUCCCGAGUGAUAUGCAGGCAAAAAUCUUCGAGCCGACUCCUCCAAAUGCCCGGAAAGUUGUCCUGGCCACAAAUAUCGCCGAGACAUCCCUCACAAUUGACAAUAUCAUCUACGUCAUUGAUCCGGGAUUUGCCAAGCAGAAUAACUUCAAUUCCCGGACGGGAAUGGAGACUCUGAUGGUUGUGCCGAUUUCGAAGGCUUCGGCCAAUCAGAGAGCCGGAAGAGCCGGAAGGACGGCUCCAGGAAAGUGCUUCAGGCUAUACACAGCCUGGGCAUACAAGCACGAACUGGAAGAUAAUACAGUUCCGGAGAUUCAGAGAAUCAAUCUGGGAAAUGCUGUGCUGACACUAAAAGCUUUGGGGAUAAAUGAUCUUCUGCAUUUUGACUUCCUGGAUCCGCCGCCGCAUGAAACGCUAGUCCUGGCCCUGGAGCAACUCUACGCCCUGGGAGCGCUCAAUCAUCACGGGGAACUGACGAAGCUGGGCAGGAGGAUGGCGGAGUUUCCGGUGGAUCCCAUGAUGGCCAAGAUGCUGCUGGCCAGCGAAAAGUACAAGUGCGCAGAGGAAGUUGUCACAGUUGCCGCCAUGUUGUCAGUCAACAGCGCCAUCUUCUACAGGCCAAAGGACAAAAUCAUACACGCUGACACAGCCAGGAAGAACUUCAACCACUUGAAUGGGGAUCAUCUGAGUCUGCUGCAGGUGUACAAUCAAUGGGCAGACACGGACUUCAGUACUCAAUGGUGCUAUGAGAACUUCAUUCAGUACCGUUCCAUGAAGCGUGCCCGGGAUGUCCGGGAGCAGCUGGUGGGGCUGAUGCAGCGAGUGGAGAUUGACAUGGUGUCCGGAUUGCCGGAAACCAUGAAUAUCCGGAAGGCAAUAACUGCCGGAUAUUUCUACCACAUCGCUCGGCUGUCCAAGGGAGGGAACUACAAGACCAUUAAGCACAACCAGACUGUCAUGAUUCAUCCGAAUUCAGCUCUCUUUGAAGAUCUACCGCGGUGGGUGCUGUACCAUGAGCUGGUCUUCACCACGAAGGAGUACAUGCGCCAGGUUACGGAGAUUGAGAGCAAAUGGCUGCUGGAAGUGGCUCCGCACUACUACAAACCCAAAGAACUUGAGGAUUCGACCAAUAAGAAAAUGCCCAAGACUGUCGGGAGAGCAACAAUCACAGUUUAGAGGGAGAAGAUUUAGUUUAGAAGGAGAGGAUGUAUUUUUUAGGUUAAUAAAUUUACAGAGAAAGAA